GAGCAAAACGCCAGAUUCACCGAGACGAGAAAUUUCGCGGGUAAGAUGGUGGAGGUCGAGACCGAGAUCGUGGAGGGGAGCAAAGAGGCCAAGGCGCGCUCGAAGCGCGUCGAAAUGCUCGCGAAGGGCGGCCUCGACGCCGUCUUAGCCGAACUCAUGGAGCCUAAAAAGUUAAACGUGUUGGACAAGACCAAAGCCGACUGGCGCGGCGUCAAGGACGUGGACGUCGAGCUUCAGGAAGAUUUACAGCACCAUCAGCGCGGCGGUCGCACGUACCGCGAGCACCAGGACUUCUUACAGCAGGCAGACUACCGCGAGUACGAGCUCGAGCGCGACGCUCGCCUCGCCGCGCAAUCAAAGCGA